GCUGUAUGUAUUGAAAAUUCAUGCAUGGUCAGAGGAAGCAAAGAAGGAAGGAAUGGUUUUAUUCACAUCUUCAGACAGAUCAUCAAUCCAGCAGAAAAAACACUGCAUGAAAUGCUGAGAAAUGAUAAGCGUUUUAGUGUUUUCCUCAGCCUGGUGAAAGCUGCAGAUUUAGAUGAAGUUCUCUCACGACCUGGAGAAUGGACUCUGUUUGUUCCAACUAAUGAUGCCUUUAAAGGUUUGACUGAUGACGAUAAGGAUAUAUUGAUAAGAGACAAGAAUGCUCUCAGGAACAUUCUCCUUUACCACUUGACACAAGGAGUUUUCAUUGGAAGUGGCUUUGAGCCUGGUGUGACAAACAUUCUCAAAACUAUCCAAGGAGGGAAACUCUACUUGAAAACAGUGAAUGAUACUCUUCUGGUUAAUGAACUGAAAUCAAGAGAAUCUGAUCUCAUGGCAACCAAUGGUGUCAUUCAUGUUGUUGAUAAACUCCUAUAUCCAGCAGAUCUGCCUGUUGGAAAUGAUCAGUUGCUCACAAUCCUGAAGAAGUUGAUUAAGUACAUUCAAAUUAAGUUUGUUCGUGACAGCACCUUCAAAGAGAUUCCACUGACGUUUUACA